UGCGUGCUGUCCAGGUUUAAACAGUAGGUUUGGGUGUUUUUGGUGCGUUUGCCGCUGCUCUUCUCGUCUUUCUGUGGUGAUGUCACCGCGGACGGAUCCGCUGUAAUCGCGUCGGUGGAGCUGAUGGCGUCAUUACGCGUCCUGGCGGAGCUUCCCGAGCGCGCUGACGGAUCGCAGUAGCAACGAAGGCCGACGCGACCGUGGCUCCGGCGGCCGGGAUCGAGCGACGCCAAGCCGGACACCCGAGCGAGGAGAACAUGGAGGCUGUAGCGGAGGAGCUGCGGGCCGGCUCCCGGAUCCCGGUGACCGUCGACCAGAUCGUCAACGACACGCUGGUGGUGACGCUCACGUACCGGGAGAGGAGCUACACGGGCAUCUUACUGGACUGCAGCAGAAAGACCGGGCUGUUUUGCCUUCCAGACGUUGUUGGAAAAUCCGAAGAGAGCCUCAUAUUGAGAGCGGACUCUGAAGUCUCGAGUGAAGAGGCUUCCUCUAAACCCGUUAGUCAGCCGACGCAGCGACCAAAAGAUGAGAACACGGAGCCUGAGAUGGGACCUCCGGCCCCCGUACCCAUCCCGGUGCAACCGGGCCAGCCGACGUACCCGCCGUACUUUGAAGGCGCCCCGUUUCCGCAACCCAUGUGGGUCCGGCACACGUACAACCAGUGGGUACCUCAACCGCCGCCUCGUCCAAUCAAGAGGAAGAAAAGACGUCGAGAACCUGGAAGGAUGACCAUGAGCACGAUCCGACUGAGACCUCGACAGGUGUUGUGCGAGAAAUGCAAAAACACACUAAACAGCGACGAGGACAGCAAAGAUGGACCAACGGUGCCGAAGACGUCCAGGAAGGAGAACGCGCCUCAAGCCGACGAAGACGCUAAAGCAGCUCCAGCUAAGAGUCUGAGAAAGGACAACGAUGGGGACAACAACAAAGAGUCGAAGAGACGAGAUGACUCGACGGUCUACGACAGCAAACGCUUCCGGAAAGACAAGAAGGACGAUGAGAAGUUUCCCGGAGGGGACGUCAUUCCCCACAGUCCUGUGAUUAAGAUCUCCUAUAGCACUCCACAAGGUAAAGGCGAAGUGAUGAAGAUCCCGUCGAGAGUUCACGGUUCUGUCAAACCCUUCUGUCCAAAGCAGCUGUUGCAGAACGGCCACGGAGAGCGAGACGCUUCCAAGGAAUCCCAGAAGGCUCCUGUAGACGCCAUUCGAACGGGUCUUACCAUUUCCAUUCCCAAACUCAAGCUCCCAAAGUUGGCUAGUCCAGACGCUCCUUCGCCUAAGAUACGCUUAAGAUCCCGGGCCGACGGAGCGGAGCAGGUGUCCGUGUACGAGGCGGAGCUGGUGGACGGCGCCCGGAGAAGAAGUCCAAGAGUUCCCAACUCUCAAUCCGAAGAUGGCGCGGAGAAAAACUCACUUGAACUUUGGUCAGGCGAGGAAGUCGAACGACACAGCGACUUGACUUUACUCAUAAACUUCCGAAAGAGGAAAGCGGACUCUUCGAGCCUCUCCGUGUGCAGUAGCGACAGCCUAGACGAGUCCAAGUCGUUCAGCUCCGACGGCACGUCGCCAGAACUCUGCGAUCUCGCUCCGGGCGACGACAUCUCCGUGUCGUCUUCCUCUCAAGGGGAAAGUAAGACUGUUCCGCCUCUUACCGUACGACUGCACACUCGCAGCAUGACUAAAUGCGUGACCGAGGAAGGCCACGCCGUGACGGUGGGUGACGUCGUUUGGGGGAAGAUCCACGGCUUCCCCUGGUGGCCCGCACGGAUACUCAGUAUUAGCGGUACUCGUAGAGAAGAAGGCGAGGUCGAUGCUCCUUGGCCCGAAGCUAAAGUCUCCUGGUUCGGUUCCCCCACCACCUCCCAACUCUCGGUUGCCAAACUCUCGCCGUUCCGCGAAUUCUUCAGGUCACGCUUCAACCGCAAAAAGAAAGGGAUGUACCGCCGUGCCAUCAUGGAGGCCGCCAAGGCAGUGGGACACAUGAGUGCCGAAAUCACAUCUCUGCUGGCUCACUGCGAAACUUAGAGGACGAGGACGGCAGUGGACUGGCUGUCAUUCAGAGUUUCGCAGGCGCUCCCAGGAUGUGGCGAUCUCCCCGGCCGGAGAGCGCCUUCAUUUGCCACGGAUAUCAUGAGGGAAGGUGCUUUAUUUCCUCCCACGCGCGGCCGCCGGAAGAGAACGCGAUGCGCGGACUGUGUUUGAGGGGCCACGAGGAGAACGUGGGAACCUCGGAGCGAACAAUUUCCCCCGUUUGUCUCUCCAUCUUUCGUUUGUUUGUUUUUUUAGGACGUACAUUAUAUUAGAACAAGUAGCUCGACACUAAAUCCGAAUGUAUUUAUUCACGACAAAAAAAACAAAACAAAAAACACUCGACCGGUGACUGGCCUCCUGUAAGAUCACACUGCUGCUGUUUCUUAUGACUCUUACGUCCGUUUAGGAUCGUAACGGAACGGACCGACGAAUAUCCGUGUUAUAAUAGAAAACGACAAGUCUUACUGUGUCUGUUUCUUCAGAUGAUGAAAAUGUGAAAUUCCUUUUUGCAUCAUGUAGGUCUUACACCAUGCAGUAUGUCAGUUUGUCCGUCGCUUCACUUUCUCUGUCCUCUCCGAGAAAUAUAGCUCUCGUAUGUCUCUCCAUCCUCUUUUUCACUCUGAUUAUGUGAUGUUUUGCUUUAAUUAUUUAAUGUGUCACGUUAAGAGAAGCACUUUAUCCGUACCUUGGUGGCCUGCUGUGAACGCUAACUCGAGUUUGCAGACUCUCGGAGGAGCCGACCCAUCGCUUUUGAAGUGAUUUUUAAUUUUUAUGAUGCAGAUUUCGAUAAAAGGAGGCUUUCAGGAAGUUGUGUACACUGUAUUCUCGCGUUUAGCCCGGUCUACGUUGCUUUCCUCCUUAUGAAAUGUUCCACUGGAGAUAUGGAGAGAACUGUAAGCUCCUAUGCACCGUCUCUUUUAUUAAAGCAUAAAAAGCAGCGUGUUCGUCAUCAUGUGUUUGCUGAGUGAGUGCAGGCGUAUGUGGGCUUGAAUAUCUGCGUGUCUGGACCUCCAGACGGCCGGACUGACCUGCGGGACUCGAGCCUUUCGAGAGCUCCGUGUGUUUCGAGCUGCUCGCCGGUCGCAGGUUUGGGUGCGUUUUUCCAGCUGGACUUUCUGCCACUGCUCGACACGGUGGAGUUUUUUUAAUGUGCUGUAAAUAGAAUAAAAUAUAAAAGCGAUGUCAUUUCUGCAAUGUUCUUGUGCGCGUGUGCUUUCGUUUCCAGGCGCUGACCUCGCUGACCUCUGCUUUAUCACGCUCCUCUGCCGUUUGCUAUCAAACCGAUGCUUUUCAUAGCUGUUGCCUAAACAAAGUUUGUGCCUUUGUGUUAAAUGUGAAAGGGUGUUGACAGCCGCAGCAGCUCGUGACGCAAGACCUCAAUGGCUCUUUUUGAAAAGGGUUCAAAUGAGUGUUUUGCUUUCACAAACUCUGGGUUAACAUCAUGUACUUUACUGUUUGACUUGGAUGAGAAGGAAACCUAAAAUAGGCAGCGUUGAAGUCCACUGGAAAGUUUUCGAUUGGCCGCAUUUAACCUUUCAUUUCAAAAAGCUGAUUGGCAGAUGAAUAUGUUUGUGUUUAUAAAAGACGUUGCAGUGAUUGUGUUGCGAAAGAAUGAUUGAUUUCAACACUGCAGAGCUCUCAGUGAUGUAACUAAAGCUUUCUGCCGUUGUGUAAUCAGACACAAUUGCAAUAGUCAGGCUUAUCUGUCACUAAAGUCUUGACCUGUGUUUGAUCUGUAAGUUCGCUGAACUGACAACACACACACACACACACACACACACACACACACGACUAAACUAAAGGAAUGCAAACUGGUUAAAUCUAGAGAUUUAGAACCCAAUAUCAUAUGUUGUUAUAAAUUAUCAUUCCAAAAAAUUUGUGGUCGGUAAGAUUUUUAAAGUUUUUAUCUCUUAUGCUCACCAAGGCUGCAUUUAUUUGAUCAAAAAUACAGUAAAAAUGUGAAAUAUUACUACAAUUUAAAACAGCUGUUUUCUGUGUGAGUAUCUGUUAAAAUGUAAUUUAUUUCCAUGGUCAAACCUGAAAUUUUAGCAUCAUUACUCCAGUCUUCAGUGUCACAUGAUCCUUCAGAAAUCAUUCUAAUAUACUGAUUUACUGAUUUAACAAACAUCUCUGAUUAUUAGCAAUGUUGAAAACCGUUGCACAGCACAAUAUUUUUUGUGGAAACCGUGCUGUCUAUUCAUGUUCAGGAUUCACAGAUGAAUAGAAACUCCAAAUGAACAGAAUUUAUUUGAAAUAGAAAUCUUUUGUAACAUUAUAAAUGUCUUUACUGUCACUUUUGAUCAGUUUAAUGCAUCCUUGAAGAAUAAAAGUAUAAAAAAUGAAUAUGAAUAAAAGAAAAAUCUUACUGACCUCAAACAUUUAUUAUAUAUAUGAGCACUUUCAGGUGUUUUUGUUUGACUGUUUGUAUCUCCAGGUGCAUUUUUAAUGUCAGUAUGAAACCACAACUCAUUUCACUUUCACGUUGUGCUGUUUAUCUGAGUGAAACUGUCUGUCCAAAGGUUUCAUAGAGGUGAUCUCAUGAUGAAUUGAAUGGUUGAAGAGAUUCAUGCAGCUGAAAAGAAAGUAAUUUCAGAUCAAGUUAUUACUGAUGAAAGGCAAUAAGAUGAGAAAUGCUCCUCACUUUUUUUGUGUUUAAGAACUGAAUUCUCUGAAGGUAUUACACUAAAAACGGCCCAUGGUGUUUUAAGCGUUGAAGCUAUUUUUUUUAUAUUUAUUUAAUUACAUUUUAUUUUAUUUUGAUUUAUUUUUAUUUUAUUUUAUUUUUUGUUUUAUUUUAUUUUAUUUUAUUUUAUGUAGCUUAACACUGUUUUUGUUAUGGGUUGGAUGGAAAGGAGCUGUGCAAAGAGUACAUACAUAUAUAUAUUUUUUUUUUU